GACGUCUCUGAGGCCUGUGGAGAAAAAAGGUCGUUUCUUUCUAAGCCGCCCAAAGGCGAGUAGAGUAGCGUCAGGACCUCCUGGGCAGAGGUGAGCCUGCUCACCUGAAGAUCUCACCCCAGCCAUGAGCAGUAAGGAAUGCUUUAAGUGUGGACGCUCUGGCCACUGGGCUCGGGGUUGCCCCAGAGGAGGAGGUCGAGGGCGCGGAGCUAGAGGCCGUAGCAGAGGGUUUCCGAGUGGUUCCACCACCCUACCUAACAUCUGUUACCGCUGCGGUGAGUCUGGUCAUCAUGUUAAGAACUGUGACCUCCUCGAGGCCAUCUGUUACAACUGUGGGAGAAGUGGCCACAUCGCCAAAGACUGUGUGGAGCCCAGGCGAGAGAGAGAGCAGUGCUGUUACGCUUGCGGCAGACCAGGUCAUCUGGCUCGUGACUGUGAUCGUGUGGAAGAGCAGAAGUGCUACUCCUGUGGAGAAUAUGGCCACAUUCAGAAAGAUUGCACCCAAGUCAAGUGCUACAGAUGUGGUGAGACCGGUCAUGUGGCUGUCAACUGCAGGAAGACGAGCGAGGUCAAUUGCUACCGCUGUGGGGAGUCCGGACAUCUAGCCCGAGAAUGCCCCAUUGAGGCUACUGCUUAAUUUUUCCCUUUGGUCCCCUCCUCCUUGUGUUGAUUCUUUGAUUGUUUUCUCAGAAACCUCUUCACUGACACAAAAGCGAUAGAUGGACACAGUGCCUAGGCCAGAAAUCUUUAAUUACCAAGUGGAAGGAAGAACGGACUAGGAAAAACCCCAAAAAAGUUACUCAUUCGCAGAUAUCUUACAACAAAGGUGUUUCUCCAUCACUGUUGAAUCCCAUUAUUGGACAGUCUAGGACAUUAACCAACUUCUGGGUUCUUUGGAUAUACUUCGAUUGAACUUUUCAUUAAGAACUACUAUUUGCCAUCCACUAUCGGAGAAGUAAAGCAAGAUCAGUGAACAAACCAGACCAAGUAUGGGAUUACAGGCCUAGAACCUAUUAACAAGUAAAAUACAUAGUGUCAUGUGAAGUUUAACUGUGGGGGGACAUGCGGUUCUGUCUUACAUAUACAAGGCUACCCUGAGGUAACAUUUCCUCAGAGAUCCAUAGACCAAGUAAAGCUGAU